GUAUUUUGUACGUGAUUUGGUGGAAACUGAGGGCCAGAGGAGCUCUCAUGCUGGAGUCUCUCCCGUUCAUGGACGACUGGCUUCAUCGUUCUUCCUCGCAUUGUCGUUUUCCCGAUCUUUGGAGUUCCUCAUUUUCCCGAUUCCCUUUCCCUCAUUUUGUUCUAGCCAGCUCGUCGCCAAUUGCGAUUUUCCGGAUAAUUAUCAAGAUUUUGUCGGAUUUGGGGCUGUUGGCAUUCUCAGGAAGGACGAAGAGAAAUGGCGGAGAAGUACAAUCUGAAGAACCCUGCGGUGAAGAGGAUUCUUCAAGAAGUGAAGGAAAUGGAAUCGAAUCCAUCCGAGGACUAUAUGGCUCUUCCCUUAGAGGAGAACAUAUUUGAAUGGCAGUUUGCAAUUAGGGGACCUCGUGAUAGUGAAUUUGAAGGAGGAAUCUAUCAUGGGAGAAUCCAAUUACCAGCUGAUUAUCCUUUUCAGCCACCUUCAUUUAUGAUGUUAACUCCAAAUGGUCGUUUUGAAACACAAACAAAAAUUUGCCUUAGCAUAUCAAACCAUCAUCCCGAACAUUGGCAGCCAUCUUGGGGAGUACGUACUGCUUUGGUUGCUUUGAUUGCGUUUAUGCCCACCAAGGCCGAGGGAGCUUUGGGAUCACUGGAAUACCCAAAGGACGAAAGGCAUGCCCUUGCUAUCAAGUCACGUGAGGCUCCACCAAAGUUUGGAAAUUCAGAUCGACAAAAGCUCAUAGAUGAGAUUCAUGAAUAUAUGCUGAGCAAGGUGCCCCCUCAACCACCUAUCUGCCCUAAGCCUGAGACCACUGAUGAACAGAUUGAUGUUACUGAAGAAGAAGUGACAACACAUGCUGAACAAGCUGUUGUGAUGGCUCCAGCAGCAGAAGAACCAAAUGCUGAUGCACCUGGAAUUGUGGACGGACAUAGGAUGGUUGAAGGCGUAAGAGAGGUGAUGGUUGAAGACAUAAGAGAGGUACGCAUGGAUGCAAAUGCGGGGCCUCUGCAUGUGAGCCUCACUGCAGGUCUGAGGGUAUAUAGAAGAGUUCCAGCAUCUGCAGAGGUCAGUGAGCCACAACACAGACCUCAGCCAAGAGCUCAGAACCUCGUAGAUGAUCGAUGGUUAACCUGGCUAGCUAUUGGUUUAUUAAUCGUCAUAAUGGCCUUGGUGCUUAAGAAGUACAUGAGAUCUGUUGGCUUGGCUAACGACGGAGAUGAACUGUAGACAGCUUGCAAUCUUUGACACUGCACGUUAUCUUCCCACAAAAGUUUCAUAAUUAUCUAUUUGCACAUAUCUUCGUAAAUACCGUUCGGCCACCUUCAGGGAGCAGGCAUUUCUUUGCUCUCGUCCAUUUGAAGAAAAGCAUGUUACACGGGUAUAUAGAGGCUCUUUAUCGUCAACUGUAAUAGAACUUCGGAAAGUUCCAGAGUGUUUGACACAAAGGGUGCUAGGGAGGAGAGGCAGAAACCCUCUUUUCCUUCUAUUUGGAGCUCUUCUAGUUUUAAAGUGUCGUUAUCUAUCGUGGAUCUGGCUUGGGCGGCAUGAGAUCUGGGUCUGGGUUGAUUCCCAUCUUUGUCAAAAUUUCUUUUCACCGUGUAAUAUGAUUGGGCUUGAGCCUGCUUCGUCCGGA